UAAACCCACCUUGCCUACUAUCGCAAGAACUCUUUCUUAACUCCGCGGAGUCGUCGUUUUCGUCAGCAAUUACCUAAGACUCUCUGCAGCCCUAUCGCAAAUCGCAGAUCGGCGAUCGGCCCUUCCGCUUCCCUCCCUGAUUAAAUCAGUUACGACGUUCGACGCUGUUUCCUUCAACUAUCCUGAGUCCAGUGCUCGGGAAGAAACAUUUUUUUGGAUUCUUAGUGCAGUGGACUAUUGAGAAGCGUGAGAAGAUAGAGGAAAAAUAGCUCUUUUGACAAAUUUUUGAAAAAGAAUUCUUUUUCCUUUAUCCCAUUAACUUUGACGUUGGGUUCUUACAAGUAAAUUGGGACGAUGUUGGAAAAAAUUGGCUUGCCUCCAAAGCCAUCAAUGCGAGGAGCAAAUUGGGUGAUUGAUGCAUCUCAUUGUCAGGGUUGUUCUUCUCAGUUCACCUUUUUUAAUAGAAAGCAUCACUGCCGCAGAUGUGGUGGCAUAUUUUGCAGUAGCUGCACCCAACAAAGAAUGGUUUUACGUGGGCAAGGCGAUUCUCCAGUGAGGAUAUGCGAUCCAUGUAAAAAGCUUGAGGAGGCUGCUCGAUUUGAGCAGAGAUACGGGCAUAAAAAUCGGGCCACAAAAGGUAAUUCAAAACAGAUACUAAAGACUGAGGAUGAACUUCUUGGUGAGAUUUUGGAAACUAAUGGGAAGCAUUUGAUGCCUUCCAGAAAAGAAUCGCACAUGCUUUCGGAUUCCCAGGGAGUCUUUCGUAGUGCCUCACAUGCAAGUUCGAGUAUGGUUUCAGAUAACUCUGGUGGAGAAGAUCGGAGUAUUGCCAUUGAAGGGCAUAAUGAUGUCCACAUUGAUGGUGAAUCCACCAGCCCAGAGGAUUUACGCCAGAAAGCAAUGGAAGAGAAGAAAAGAUUUAGGACACUGAAGGCAGAAGGCAAGGCUGAGGAAGCACUCAAGGCUUUCAAACUUGGAAAAGAAUUAGAGAAGCAAGCUGGUGCUCUUGAGAUUGCAAUAAGGAAAAACCGAAGAGCGGCUGGAAAAGUUUCAAUCAGCAGCAGGGUUAGUACAGAUAGUAUGCAUGACAAUGAAGCAGUUGGCACUGAGAAAACAGGCGCGUCCUUAAGGAAUAAAGAGGUGAAGGAUGAUCUAUUCGCCGAGCUUAGGCAGUUGGGAUGGUCUGAUGCUGAACUUCGUGAAGCAGACAAAAAGCCUGCCAAGCUUAGCUUGGAAGGUGAACUCUCAAAUCUUAUGGGAGAGACUUUUCAGAAAUCAGAAAUUGAUUGGAAAAAAAGUGGCGUUGAUAAUAGGCAGGUUGUUGCUCACAAGAGGAAGGCUCUAUUAUUAAAACGAGAAGGGAAGCUCGCUGAAGCUAAAGAGGAAUUGAAGCAGGCUAAGAUAUUGGAAAAGCAACUUGAAGAGAAAGAACUUCUGGGUGAGGAGGCUUCAGAUUCCGAGGAUGAGCUCUAUACUUUAAUAAAGAAUAUGGGCGAUGAAAAUCAAGAUGAUCUAGAGAAUGAUUUUGAUGUUGGUGCAAACUUUGAACACUUUCUUAGUGCCACAGAUGAUCUCCCAAUUGAUGGCAAUUUAGAGGUGACAGAGGAUGAUAUGAAUGAUCCAGAGAUUGGUGAUGCCUUGAAAUCAUUUGGUUGGUCUGAAGAAGAUGAUAAUCAUGAACAAAAAAAUGCAUCAGAAUCUGUUCCUUUCAAUCAAGAAGCGGUUCAAGCCAAAAUCCUUAAUUUGAAGAAGGAGGCUCUUAGCCAGAAACGGGCUGGAAAUGUUCCUGAAGCAAUGGCUCUUCUUAAGAAGGCAAAGCUUCUUGAGCAGGACCUUUCCGACUCGCAAAUGCCUGAACCGGGAUUUUCACAGAAGACUCUUGAUAAUCAAAUCCAUGUACCUAAAAGUAAGAUGGUGAUUCAGAAGGAGUUACUAGUCUUGAAAAAGAAAGCACUUACUUUGAGAAGGGAAGGACGUGUAGAUGAGGCAGAUGAGGAACUGAAAAAGGGAAAGCUUCUUGAGCAGCAGUUGGAAGAGUUUGAGAAUACUUCAAAGAAACCUGUAAUGGCACUAGACAUGAAACACGUGGCCCAUGCCCAAGAUAGUGAUAUUGGGACCCUUGAUCUUGGAGUGGAUAGUGCAGAACCAGUUGUAACUGACCAAGAUAUGCACGAUCCUACAAUGUUAUCAGCUUUGAAGAAUUUAGGGUGGAUUGAUGAUGAAUCUGUUUCGCUGAGCGGAAAAAAUUUCACCUCCAAACCAUCCAACAGCCAUUCUGUGAAUGAAAGUGUGCCCACUACCAUGCCUUGGAUGUCGAUGAGAAACAAGGGAGAAAUUCAGAGGGAAUUAUUAGCUAUAAAAAGGAAGGCCCUUUCCUUGAGACGCCAAGGGAAGACUGAGGAAGCUGCAGAAGAGUUGGAGAAGGCGAAGGAUCUGGAAAAGCGUUUGGCAGACUUGGAAACACAAAGUUCAGGAUCUCUGGUUCAGUAGGAAGCACGUAUUAUAGCUGACACCACAAAACCUUCUGAAACACAUUCUGUGCUGGGAUCUAAAAUACAAUCACCAGAAACUUAUAGUUCUAGAAUUGAAGUGGCAAGGACAGCUGUUCCUGUUUUUCCGGAACUGGAUCAAAAUGUUGGAGUCAGCAGCAAACAAAAUAGCAGUAAUAGUGAGAAUGUUUCUUAUAAAGUUGAAAACACCAAUAGUAAAACGAGCAAAACUGAUGGGAUCAAUGGUUACAAAGAGGAGAUCCUUUCUCAUAAGAGAAAUGCUCUAGUUCUGAAGAGAGAAGGAAAGUUGAUGGAAGCCAAAGAGGAACUAAGGAAAGCAAAACUUUUGGAAAAGACUAUUGAAGAAAGUCAGGAAAGCAGUCCAGAUGAUAAACCUGCUCUAGUUUCUACUUCUGGACACACUUCAACCGUGCAAGAGAACAGCAGAACUCAUUUACAGAAACCAAUAUCGAGUCGUGACCGUUUUAAGCUGCAGCAGGAAUCCCUCUCGCAUAAGCGCUCUGCUUUGAAACUGCGAAGAGAAGGAAAGAUACAGGAAGCAGAGGCUGAGUUUGAAAAGGCCAAAGAACUUGAGAGCCAACUAGAAGUACUUGGCCCUCAUGCUUCUAGCAGUAGUGUUGCAGGCACCGAUGCAGUGGAGGAUCUUCUUGAUCCUCAGCUCAUGGCUGCCCUUAAAUCCAUUGGAUGGGAUGAUAAGGAUCUGGCCUCUAAAACUUCUGAGAAACCACAAUCCCUGUUAAUCAAGGAAAAGGUUUCUGAUCAAUCUCAUCUUGAAGAGCAGAUAAAGGCUACUAAGCUCCGUGCUUUUAAUCUUAAGAGAGCUGGAAAACAAGAUGAGGCUCUUGAAGCUCUCCGUUACGCCAAAAAACUCGAAAAGAAAGUUGCUUCAAUGACUUGAAAAACUAAUAUUUAUCCUUGUGAUGGUUUCAUCAUGGAAUGAGUAAUUUGAAGAACUUAGGAUGAUGCUUAUGAGAAACAUAUUUGAAAGCAAAGGUUGCUAAUGAUAAGUCAAAGCCUUCAAUGUCAUGAGAUCAUCAGGCCACAACCAUCUGGAUGGAUUCUGAGGGAAUAUUGCUUUGUAUAUU